GGCAGAGCGCAGAAUGUGCCCUGCGACCUGGGCUACUUCCCCUGUGGCAACACCACCAAGUGCUUACCACAGCAGCUGCAAUGCAAUGGCGUGGACGACUGCGAAAACGGUGUGGACGAGGACAACUGCGGAGACAUCAACGGAUGGUCUACACAAUUUGACAGAUAUUAUGGCAAUAACUACAAAAUGACUUCCUUGUAUCCCAGUAUUGUGGCAGAAACAUCUGAAUGCUUGGUCGGGUCUGCACCCCUGCAAUGUAUUUGCCAAGGUUUAGAGCUUGAGUGUGAUGAGAUCAAUUUACGAGCCGUUCCAUCAGUUUCUUCAAAUGUGACUUUCAUGUCACUCAAGCGGAACUUAAUAAGAAAGCUUCCUCCUAAUGUCUUCAAAAAGUACCAUGGUCUUCAGACUCUGUGCCUGCAAAACAAUAAGAUUAGAUCCGUAUCUGUCUAUGCUUUCCGAGGACUGUACAGUCUUACUAAACUGUAUCUCAGUCAUAACAAAAUAACCCUCUUGAAGCCGGGUGUUUUUGAAGAUCUCCACAGACUAGAAUGGCUGAUAAUUGAAGAUAAUCACCUCAGUCGAAUUUCCCCCCUAACAUUUUACGGACUAAAUUCUCUUAUUCUCCUAGUACUGAUGAAUAAUGUCCUUACCCGCUUGCCUGACAAAUCUCUUUGUCAGCACAUGCCCAGACUGCACUGGCUGGAUUUUGAAGGCAACCAUAUCCAUAAUUUAAGAAAUUUGACUUUUAUUUCCUGCAGUAAUUUAACUGUUUUGGUAAUGAGGAAAAACAAAAUUAAUCACCUUAGUGAAAAUACGUUUGCACCUCUACAGAAACUAGAUGAAUUGGAUUUAGGAAGCAAUAAGAUUGAAAAUCUUUCUCCACAUAUCUUUAAGAAUCUGAAGGAGCUCUCACAACUGAAUCUUUCCUAUAACCCAAUCCAGACAAUUCAAGCCAACCAAUUUGAUAAUCUUGUCAAACUCAAGUCUCUCAGCCUAGAUGGAAUUGAAAUUUCUAAUAUCCAACAAAGGAUGUUUAGACCUCUCAUGAAUCUCUCUUACAUCUAUUUUAAGAGAUUUCAAUAUUGUGGCUAUGCACCGCAUGUUCGCAUCUGUAAACCAAACACUGAUGGACUCUCAUCUUUAGAGGAUCUCUUGGCGAGCAUUAUUCAGAGAGUGUUCGUCUGGGUUGUGUCUGCAGUUACGUGCUUUGGAAACAUCUUUGUCAUCUGUAUGCGACCUUAUAUCAGGUCUGAAAACAAGCUGCAUGCCAUGUCAAUCAUUUCUCUCUGCUGUGCUGACUGCUUGAUGGGAAUCUAUUUAUUUGUGAUCGGAGCCUUUGACCUGAAGUUUCGAGGAGAAUACAAUAAACAUGCGCAGCUAUGGAUGGAGAGCACUCAUUGUCAGCUUCUGGGGUCCCUGGCCAUUCUGUCCACAGAAGUAUCUGUAUUACUUUUAACAUUUCUGACACUGGAAAAAUAUAUCUGCAUUGUGUAUCCUUUUAGAUGUUUAAGACCUGGAAAAUGCAGAACCAUUACAAUUUUGAUUCUUAUUUGGAUUAUUGGGGUUAUCGUGGCUUUCAUUCCACUGAGCAAUAAGGAAUUUUUCAAAAACUACUAUGGCACCAACGGAGUAUGUUUCCCUCUUCAUUCAGAAGAUGCAGAAAGUACUGGAGCCCAGAUUUAUUCAGUGGCAAUUUUUCUUGGUAUUAACUUGGCAGCAUUUCUCAUCAUAGUUUUUUCCUACGGAAGUAUGUUUUACAGCAUCCAUCAAAGUGCCAUAACAGCAAAUGAAGUACAGAAUCAAGUUAGAAAAGAGAUGAUCCUUGCCAAACGGUUUUUCUUUAUUGUAUUUACUGAUGCAUUAUGCUGGAUACCCAUCUUUAUACUGAAAUUUCUCUCAUUGCUUCAGGUAGAAAUACCAGGUACCAUAACCUCUUGGGUAGUGAUUUUUAUUCUGCCUAUCAACAGUGCUUUGAACCCGAUUCUCUAUACUCUUACCACAAGACCAUUCAAAGAAAUGAUCCAUCGGUUUUGGUAUAACUACAGACAGAGAAGAUCUAUAGACAGCAAAGGAAGUCAGAAGACAUAUGCCCCGUCAUUCAUCUGGGUAGAAAUGUGGCCCAUGCAGGAGAUGCCUUCUGAGUUAAUGGAGCCAGUUCUUUUUGCAGACUCCUCUGAAUUAUCACUUAUUUCUCAAUCAACUAAACUCAACUCCUAUUCAUAA